AUGUCCAAGUAUCCCACACGCAAAAUUGGCACCGACGAUGUCUCUGCCAUCGGCUUUGGCGCCAUGGGCUUAGGAGCGUUUUAUGGUCAGACUGGUUCAGAUGAGGAGCGCCUCAAGGUUUUGGAUAAAGCAUAUGAGCUCGGCUGUACUUUCUGGGACACUGCCAAUAUCUAUGGAGACAGCGAAGAGCUUAUCGGCAAAUGGUAUUUGAACCCCGAAAAGCGGAGCAAAGUCUUUCUUGCUACGAAAUUUGGUAUCAUCAUGAGUGGAUCUGACGGUAGAGGGGUUGACGGAUCCCCCAAAAAUGUCCACGAGUCAUUUGCAAAAUCACAAAGGUUGCUUGGCGUCGAUAAGGUCGACCUUUAUUACUUGCAUAGACCAGACCCCCAAAUACCAAUCGAAGAAACUGUCAGUGCCAUGGCAGAACUUGUCAAACAGGGGAAAGUGAAGUAUCUCGGGCUGUCAGAAUGCACUGCGGAUACCUUGCGCCGCGCUCAAAAAGUGCACCCUAUCGCUGCUGUCCAAGUGGAGUAUUCGGCUUUCACGCUCGACAUCGAGGACCCAAAGCUCAACAUUCUAAACACCGCUCGCGAGCUUGGAAUAAAAAUCAUUGCCUACUCGCCCCUUGGCCGUGGUUUGAUCACGGGACAGUAUAAAUCUCCAGAUGACUUCGAACCUAAUGAUUUCAGGAGGAUGGUUCCUAGAUACUCGAAGGAGAACUUCCCGAACAUCUUGAAGCUGGCGGAUAACCUGAAGAGAGUAGGCGAGCAAUAUAACGCAACCGCUGGACAAGUGGGGUUGGCAUGGCUUCUUGCCCAAGGUGAGGAUGUCAUCCCCAUUCCGGGUACAAAGAAAAUCAAGUAUCUCGAGGAGAAUCUCGCUGCUGUCAAUGUGCCGUUGAGUCCUGAAACAGUCCAGGAAGUACGUAAGAUUGCAGAGAAGGCUGAUUGGGUAGUUGGGGAUCGCUAUCCUGCAGCGACUAUGAAGACGCUGUAUGCAGAGACACCACUUCCGAAGAGCACCUGA